GGCUGGGAUUAUAGGUGUGCACCACCACACCCCACUGGAAUGUUUUAGUAUACAGAUGUAGGAACAUUUGAGUUGUGAACUUUCACUGAUGCAAACAGACCUUUCACUGCAAACAUUUCAUGUGAACAAAUUGCAGAAGUAGCUCAUGUGUCUGCCAGCCAUUGUCAAAGCUGUGCUGCCGUGUGCUCACUGUACAGUGAGACCGAACACAGCAGUGCCUUGCUCAGUCAGAGCCCAGGACAUCCGGAGGAGGAAAAGCAGCAGUGACUCGGAGGGGACUGCUGCAGAGCCCCUCAGCACCUCCCAAGGAGACCCAGCUUGGAGCACAGGCUGUGACAGACUCGAGGCUGUCCAAGGCCGGUUAGACGUCAUGGAGGAGGUUGCUGUCACCUGGGCAGAUUGUCCCACGCCGGCCCUAGACUCUGCCCUGCUUCCCACUGCAGACGGUGGAGAAGACGGUGGAGCACCUGGAGACCCAGGUGAAAAGCCUGUUGGGACUGCUGGAGGAUCUGGCCUGGAACCUGCCCCCGGGGCCCUUCAGCCCGGCCCCCGAUCUCCUCGGGGAUGAUCAUUUCUGAGCACCGAGGUGGGGCAGCUACUGGAGGUGAUGCCCGUUCAACAGCAUCCUCUGAGGGCAGAGCCACGCCGUCCUUCCCCACCUUCAUGCGAAAUAAAAGCUACUCGUCCGGUCCCCUGUGUUUGCACAGUCCUCCUCCCUCUGCUACCCUCCCUGAGCCCCAUCUCCCUCUGGACUGAGGUCCGAGACCCUCCCUGGCCGUGUUUCGGCCCACUUCUUUAUAGGGGCAGACUGGGCAGGGGUCAUGCACAGAGGGUGGCAAUGAAGGCAGAAUCCGAAGGGGACGCAGCCUUGCUGGUGGAGUGAGGCCCUAGAGGAACAACAGCGCCGCCACCUGGACACCUGUCAAAAACGCAGGCUCUUGGGCCCUCCCCCCCACCCCCCACCCCACCGACCUACCGAAUCCCAAUCUGCACACCCCCCCACCCCCUGUACCGGAGCGUGGCGCCACUGAGCGACAUCCCCGGCCCUCACUCUCAAUCUGCACUUUGAUGUGAUCUCCAGGAGUCAUUCGACGCUCUUCCCCACCCCACCGCUCACCCCUGUGCUGGGGACCGAGUUCCACUUGGCCACUGAGCUGUAACCCUACCUCCUUUUUUCAAUCCCUAUUGCAAUGAAACAGACGUACCAAAUGCCCCAAUUUAAAACUUCAAAUUCAGUGGUUAGCAGUACAUUCACAAUCAUCGAAUUCUAAAACAUUUUUAUCAACCCCAAAAGGAACCCUUGGGCAGUUAAGCUGUCAUUUCCCAUGCCGUGCACCCCCACCCCUGGAAUCCGCGAGUCUUUGUUUUUAUGGGCUUGCCUAUACUGGGCGCUUCAUAUAAAUGAAACCACGCACAUGUUGUCAAGGUUCGUUCCAGUCUCAGUCUCAGUUCUGCAUGCCUGUUUGUGGCUAUGUUCCACUGUGUGCACAGGACACAUGCCUCCAUCCCCCCCGAGAAUGACAGGCUGUUGGCACUUUUCGGCUGCUGUGCGCAAUACUGUGAAGAAUUGGUCAGGCAGGUUCUUGUGUGCACCCAUGGUUUUCUUUCUCCUGAGUAUAUGGCUAGGAGUGAAGUUGCUGAAUGGGUGGUAAAACUACAUUUAGCUUUUGGAAGAACCACUAGGCUGUUGAGCACAGCAAUUGUGUUACUUUAAAGUCCCAACCAGCAGUGUCAGCUAUGGGUGGGGGGGGUAGAUGCCCUUUGACUGAGAAAUUUCCCUUCUAUUCCUAGAUCCUUGAGUGUUUUAAAGACCGCUGGGUUUUCUCAUAUGCUUUCUCUGCACUUGAAAAAAGAAAAUGCAGAGGAUCACUGCCAGGGUGGGAGAGUGGUUCCCAUUGCACUACGUUUCAGAAAUGGUCUGUUUUCCAGACUCGUCUCAAACUCCCAGCCUUCCUGCCCCAGCCUGGCAAGCAGCUAGGACUGCAAGCAUGCACCACUCCAUCCCACCCCUUCAUUUUACCUGUAGCUUGCAGUAUUGACUGAUUUUCCUAUAUGGCAUGACCCUUGCAUUUCUGGGGGAAAAUGCCCUUUGGUCCUAGCAUGUAGUCCUCUAUUUGGUUCCACUGGAUUUCCUUAGUUCUUUCUCCACGGUUUUAUUUCAGCUCUUUGAGUUUCUUUUUACAACUGAUUUAACCCAAGCUCGGAGAGCUAGUAAUGGAAUCCUGUAAGAUUAUCGACUUUUAACAUUAUGAUGUGAUUUUUUUAAAGGACACUUUCCAUGUCUCAACUGCUCGGUGCAGGAGUUUGGAAAAGUUUGAAGAAGCCAGUUGGAAAAGCAGCCCCAGAAUGCUGUAAACCAAGCUUGAUGGGAAAUUCUGAUUAGAGCUUAGAAGCCCAAGAUACUGAUAUAAAAACAGAUGGAAAAGAUCAAGCCUGGAGAGUUUUCAUGGGGUGCAAGGACUCGGACUCCUGGCAGUUGGACUCCUGGCUAUGUGUGUUUGCUCUGGCAGAUAAUUUGUCUAUAAUUGUUCAUACCUUGAGGCUCUGUGGGAGCCUGAGAUUAAGGGUGGCAGAUUAAUCUGGCAGAGGAAAUUUCAAGGCAGCCCAAUGUUGAAGCUAUGGCUUGGAUACCUGUUGGGGGCUUUUAAAAGGUUUAUAUUGAAAAUCAGGUGCAAAAAGCCCACUUUGAGCCGACGUGGUGGCACACGGCUGUAAUCCCAGCACUCCGAAGGCUGAGGCAGGAGGAUCACUGUGAGUUUGAGACCAGC